AGGUGGACGUGGACGUGGACGUGGACGUGGACGUGGACGUGGACGUGGACACGUGGACGUGGACGUGGACGUGGACGUGGUCGUGGACGUGGACGUGGACGUGGACGUGGACGUGGACGUGGACGUGGACGUGGUCGUGGACGUGGACGUGGACGUGGACGUGGACGUGGACGUGGACGUGGACCUGGACGUGGACGUGGACGUGGACGUGGACGUGGACGUGGACCUGGACGUGGACGUCGACGUGGACGUGGACGUGUACGUGGACGUGGUUGUGGACGUGGACAUGGACGUGGACGUGGACGUGGACGUGGACCUGGACGUGGACGUGGACGUGGACGUAGACGUGGACGUGGACGUGGACGUGGACGUGGACGUGGUCGUGGAGGUGGACGUGGACGUGGACGUGGACGUGGACGUGGACGUGGACAUGGACGUGGACGUGGACCUGGACGUGGACGUGGACCUGGACGUGGACCUGGACGUGGACGUGGACCUGGACACGUGGACGUGGACGUGGACAUGGUCGUGGAGGUGGUCGUGGACGUGGACGUGGACGUGGACGUGGACGUGGACGUGGACACGUGGACGUGGACGUGGACGUGGACACGUGGACGUGGACGUGGACGUGGACGUGGACGUGGACGUGGACGUGGACGUGGACGUGGUCGUGGACGUGGACGUGGACGUGGACGUGGUCGUGGACGUGGACGUGGACGUGGACGUGGACGUGGACCUGGACGUGGACGUGGACGUGGACCUGGACCUGGACGUGGACGUGGACGUGGACGUGGACGUGGACAUGGACGUGGACGUGGACGUGGACGUGGACGUGGACAUGGUCGUGGACGUGGACAUGGACGUGGACGUGGACGUGGACGUGGACGUGGACGUGGACCUGGACGUGGACGUGGACGUGGACGUGGACCUGGACGUGGACGUGGACGUGGACGUGGACGUGGACCUGGACGUGGACGUGGACGUGGACGUGGACGUGGUCGUGGAGGUGGACGUGGACGUGGACGUGGACGUGGACGUGGACCUGGACGUGGACGUGGACGUGGACGUGGACGUGGACGUGGACGUGGACCUGGACGUGGACGUGGACGUGGACGUGGACGUGGACGUGGUCGUGGAGGUGGACGUGGACGUGGACGUGGACGUGGACGUGGACGUGGACCUGGACCUGGACAUGGACGUGGACGUGGACGUGGACGUGGACGUGGACAUGGUCGUGGACGUGGACAUGGACGUGGACGUGGACGUGGACGUGGACGUGGACGUGGACCUGGACGUGGACGUGGACGUGGACGUGGACGUGGACGUGGUCGUGGAGGUGGACGUGGACGUGGACGUGGACGUGGACGUGGACGAGGACGUGGACGUGGUCGUGGACGUGGACGUGGACGUGGACGUGGACGUGGACGUGGACCUGGACGUGGACGUGGACGUGGACGUGGACGUGGACGUAGACGUGGACGUGGACAUGAACGUGGACGUGGACGUGGACGUGGACGUGGACGUGGACGUGGUCGUGGACUUGGACAUGGUCGUGGACGUGGUCGUGGACGUGGACAUGGUCGUGGACGUGGACGUGGACGUGGACGUGGACGUGGACGUGGACAUGGACGUGGACGUGGACGUGGACGUGGACAUGGACCUGGAGGUGGACGUGGACAUGGACAUGGACGUGGACGUGGACGUGGAGGUGGACGUGGACGUGGACGUGAACGUGGACGUGGACGUGGACGUGAACGUGGACGUGGACGUGGACGUGGUCGUGGACGUGGACGUGGACGUGGACGUGAACGUGGACGUGGACAUGGACGUAGACGUGGACGAGGACGUGGACGUGGACGUGGACGUGGACGUGGUCGUGGACGUGGACGUGGACGUUGACGUGGACGUGGACUUGGACGUGGACGUGGACGUGGACGUGGACGUGGACGUGGACUUGGACGUGGACGUGGACGUGGACGUGGACGUUGACUUGGACGUGGACGUGGACGUGGACGUGGACGUGGACGUGGUCGUGGACGUGGACGUGGACGUGGACGUGGACGUGGACGUGGACAUGGACGUGGACGUGGACGUGGACGUGGACGUGGACAUGGUCGUGGACGUGAACCGGGACGUGGACGUGGACGUGGACGUGGACGUGGACCUGGACGUGGACGUGGACGUGGACGUGGACGUGGACUUGGACGUGGACGUGGACCGGGACGUGGACGUGGACGUGGACGUGGUCGUGGAGGUGGACGUGGACGUGGACGUGGACGUGGACGUGGACCUGGACGUGGACCUGGACGUGGACCUGGACGUGGACGUGGACGUGGUCGUGGAGGUGGACGUGGACGUGGACGUGGACGUGGACCUGGACGUGGACCUGGACGUGGACGUGGACGUGGACGUGGACUUGGACGUGGACGUGGACGUGGACGUGGACAUGGUGGACGUGGACGUGGACGUGGACGUGGACAUGGUCGUGGAGGUGGACGUGGACGUGGACGUGGACGUGGACGUGGACGUGGACGUGGAGGUGGACGUGGACGUGGACGUGGACGUGGACCUGGACGUGGACGUGGACGUGGACGUGGACGUGGACGUGGACGUGGACUUGGACGUGGACGUGGACGUGGACUUGGACGUGGACGUGGACGUGGACGUGGACAUGGACGUGGACGUGGACGUGGACGUGGACAUGGUCGUGGAGGUGGACGUGGACGUGGACGUGGACGUGGACGUGGACGUGGACGUGGACGUGGACGUGGACGUGGACGUGGACGUGGACCUGGACGUGGACCUGGACGUGGACCUGGACGUGGACCUGGACGUGGACGUGGACGUGGACGUGGACGUGGAGGUGGACGUGGACGUGGACGUGGACGUGGACGUGGACGUGGACGUGGACUUGGACGUGGACGUGGACGUGGACGUGAACAUGGAGGUGGACGUGGACGUGGACGUGGUCGUGGAGGUGGACGUGGAGGUGGACGUGGAGGUGGACGUGUACGUCGACGUGUACGUGGACGUGGACGUGGACGUGGACGUGGAUGACGUGGACGAGGACGUGGACAUGGACAUGGACGUGGACAUGGACCUGGACGUGGACGUGGACGUGAACAUGGACCUGGACGUGGACGUGGACAUGGACAUGGACGUGGACGUGGACGUGGACAUGGACGUGGACGUGGACGUGGACGUGGACGUGGUCGUGGACGUGGACGUGGACAUGGACGUGGACGUGGACGUGGACGUGGACGUGGACGUGGACAUGGACGUGGACGUGGACAUGGACGUGGACGUGGACGUGAACGUGGACGUGGACGUGAACGUGGACGUGGACCUGGACAUGGACGUGGACGUGGACGUGGACGUGGUCGUGGACGUGGGCGUGGACGUGGACGUGGACGUGGUCGUGGACGUGGACGUGGACGUGGACUUGGACGUAGACGUGGACGUAGACGUGGACUUGGACAUUGUCGUGGACGUGGUCGUGGACGUGGACAUGGUCGUGGACGUGGACGUGGACGUGGACGUGGACGUGGACGUGGACGUGGACAUGGACGUGGACGUGGACGUGGACGUGGUCGUGGACGUGGACGUGAACGUAGACGUGGACGUGGUCGUGGACGUGGACGUAGACGUGGACGUGGACGUGGUCGUGGACGUGGACAUGGACGUGGACGUGGACGUGAACGUGGACGUGGACGUGGACGUGGACAUGGACGUGGACGUGGACAUGGACGUGGACGUGGACGAGAACGUGGACGUGGACAUGGACGUGGACCUGGACGUGGACGUGGUCGUGGACGUGGUCGUGGACGUGGACGUGGACGUGGACGUGGUCGUGGACGUGGACGUGGACGUGGACUUGGACGUGGACGUAGACGUGGACUUGGACAUGGUCGUGGACGUGGUCGUGGACGUGAACAUGGUCGUGGACGUGGACGUCGACGUGGACUUGGACGUGGACGUGGACGUGGACGUGGACGUGGACUUGGACGUGGACGUGGACGUGGACGUGGACAUGGUCGUGGACGUGGACGUGGACGUGGACGUGGACGUGGACGUGGACGUGGACGUGGACCUGGUCGUGGACGUGGACAUGGACGUGGACGUGGACGUGGACGUGGACGUGGACGUGGACCUGGACGUGGACGUGGACGUGGACGUGGACGUGGACGUGGACGUGGACGUGGUCGUGGAGGUGGACGUGGACUUGGACGUGGACGUGGACCUGGACGUGGACGUGGACAUGGACGUGGACGUGGACGUGGACGUGGACGUGGACGUGGACGUGGACAUGGACGUGGACGUGGACGUGGACGUGGACGUGGACGUGGACGUGGACAUGGUCGUGGACGUGGACGUGGACGUGGUCGUGGACGUGGACGUGGACCUGGACGUGGACGUGGACGUGGAGGUGGACGUGGACGUGGACCUGGACGUGGACGUGGACGUGGACGUGGACGUGGUCGUGGAGGUGGACGUGGACGUGGACGUGGACGUGGACUUGGACCUGGACGUGGACGUGGACGUGGACGUGGACGUGGACGUGGACAUGGUCGUGGAGGUGGACGUGGACGUGGACGUGGACGUGGACGUGGACGUGGACGUGGACACGUGGACGUGGACGUGGACGUGGUGGUCGUGGACGUGGACGUGGACGUGGACGUGGACACGUGGACGUGGACGUGGACGUGGACGUGGACACGUGGACGUGGACGUGGACGUGGACGUGGACGUGGACGUGGACGUGGUCGUGGACGUGGACGUGGACGUGGACGUGGUCGUGGACGUGGACGUGGACGUGGACGUGGACCUGGACCUGGACCUGGACGUGGACGUGGACGUGGACCUGGACCUGGACGUGGACGUGGACGUGGACGUGGACAUGGACGUGGACGUGGACGUGGACGUGGACGUGGACAUGGUCGUGGACGUGGACAUGGACGUGGACGUGGACGUGGACGUGGACGUGGACGUGGACCUGGACGUGGACGUGGACGUGGACCUGGACCUGGACGUGGACGUGGACGUGGACGUGGACGUGGACCUGGACGUGGACGUGGACGUGGACGUGGACGUGGUCGUGGAGGUGGACGUGGACGUGGACGUGGACGUGGACCUGGACCUAGACGUGGACGUGGACGUGGACGUGGACGUGGACGUGGACGUGGACCUGGACGUGGACGUGGACGUGGACGUGGACGUGGACGUGGACGUGGUCGUGGAGGUGGACGUGGACGUGGACGUGGACGUGGACGUGGACCUGGACCUGGACGUGGACCUGGACGUGGACGUGGACGUGGACGUGGACUUGGACGUGGACGUGGACGUGGACGUGGACGUGGACGUGGACGUGGACAUGGUCGUGGAGGGACGUGGACGUGGACGUGGACGUGGACGUGGACGUGGACGUGGACACGUGGACGUGGACGUGGACGUGGACGUGGACGUGGUCGUGGAGGUGGACGUGGACGUGGACGUGGACGUGGACGUGGACUUGGACGUAGACGUGGACGUGGACGUGGACAUGGACGUGGACGUGGACGUGGACGUGGACGUGGACAUGGUCGUCGUGGACGUGGACGUGGACGUGGACGUGGUCGUGGACGUGGACGUGGACGUGGACGUGGACCUGGACGUGGACGUGGACGUGGACGUGGACCUGGACGUGGACGUGGACGUGGACGUGGACGUGGACGUGGACGUGGACGUGGACGUGGACAUGGACGUGGACGUGGACGUGGACGUGGACAUGGUCGUGGACGUGGACAUGGACGUGGACGUGGACGUGGACGUGGACGUGGACCUGGACGUGGACGUGGACGUGGACGUGGACGUGGACCUGGACGUGGACGUGGACGUGGACGUGGACGUGGACGUGGUCGUGGAGGUGGACGUGGACGUGGACGUGGACGUGGACGUGGACGUGGACGUGGACGUGGACGUGGACGUGGACUUGGACGUAGACGUGGACGUGGACGUGGACAUGGACGUGGACGUGGACGUGGACGUGGACAUGGUCGUGGAGGUGGACGUGGACGUGGACGUGGACGUGGACGUGGUCGUGGAGGUCGUGGACGUGGACGUGGACGUGGACGUGGUCGUGGACGUGGACGUGGACGUGGACGUGGACCUGGACGUGGACGUGGACGUGGACGUGGACCUGGACGUGGACGUGGACGUGGACGUGGACGUGGACGUGGACGUGGACGUGGACGUGGACAUGGACGUGGACGUGGACGUGGACGUGGACAUGGUCGUGGACGUGGACAUGGACGUGGACGUGGACGUGGACGUGGACGUGGACCUGGACGUGGACGUGGACGUGGACGUGGACGUGGACCUGGACGUGGACGUGGACGUGGACGUGGACGUGGACGUGGUCGUGGAGGUGGACGUGGACGUGGACGUGGACGUGGACGUGGACGUGGACGUGGACGUGGACGUGGACGUGGACUUGGACGUAGACGUGGACGUGGACGUGGACAUGGACGUGGACGUGGACGUGGACGUGGACAUGGUCGUGGAGGUGGACGUGGACGUGGACGUGGACGUGGACGUGGUCGUGGAGGACGUGGACGUGGACCUGGACGUGGACGUGGACCUGGACGUGGACGUGGACGUGGACGUGGACGUGGACGUGGUUGUGGACGUGGACGUGGACGAGGACGUGGACGUGGUCGUGGACGUGGACGUGGACGUGGACCUGGACGUGGACGUGGACCUGGACGUGGACGUGGACGUGGACGUGGACGUGGACGUGGACAUGGACGUGGACAUGAACGUGGACGUGGACAUGGACGUGGACGUGGACGUGGACGUGGACGUGGUCGUGGACUUGGACAUGGUCGUGGACGUGGUCGUGGACGUGGACAUGGUCGUGGACGUGGAUGUGGACGUGGACGUGGACGUGGACGUGGACAUGGACGUGGACGUGGACGUGGACGUGGACAUGGACCUGGAGGUGGACGUAAACAUGGACAUGGACGUGGACGUGGACGUGGAGGUGGACGUGGACGUGGACGUGAACGUGGACGUGGACGUGGACGUGAACGUGGACGUGGACGUGGACGUGGUCGUGGAAGUGGACGUGGACGUGGACGUGAACGUGGACGUGGACAUGGACGUGGACGUGGACGAGGACGUGGACGUGGACGUGGACGUGGACGUGGUCGUGGACGUGGACGUGGACGUGGACGUGGACGUGGACUUGGACGUGGACGUGGACGUGGACGUGGACGUGGACGUGGACUUGGACGUGGACGUGGACGUAGACGUGGACUUGGACAUGGACCUGGACGUGGACGUGGACGUGGACGUGGACGUGGACCUGGACGUGGACGUGGACGUGGACGUGGACGUGGACCUGGACGAGGACGUGGACAUGGUCGUGGACGUGGACGUGGACGUGGACGUGGACUUGGACGUGGACGUGGACCUGGACGUGGACGUGGACAUGGACGUGGACGUGGACAUGGACAUGGACGUGGACGUGGACGUGGACAUGGACGUGGACAUGAACGUGGACGUGGACAUGGACGUGGACGUGGACGUGGACGUGGACGUGGACGUGGACGUGGACGUGGAUGUGGACAUGGACGUGGACGUGGACGUGGACGUGGACGUGGACAUGGUCGUGGACGUGGACAUGGACGUGGACGUGGACGUGGACGUGGACGUGGACCUGGACGUGGACGUGGACGUGGACGUGGACGUGGACCUGGACGUGGACGUGGACGUGGACGUGGACGUGGACGUGGUCGUGGAGGUGGACGUGGACGUGGACGUGGACGUGGACGUGGACGUGGACGUGGACUUGGACGUAGACGUGGACGUGGACGUGGACAUGGACGUGGACGUGGACGUGGACGUGGACAUGGUCGUGGAGGUGGACGUGGACGUGGACGUGGACGUGGACGUGGACGUGGACGUGGACGACGUGGACGUGGACCUGGACGUGGACGUGGACCUGGACGUGGACGUGGACGUGGACGUGGACGUGGACGUGGACGUGGUUGUGGACGUGGACGUGGACGAGGACGUGGACGUGGUCGUGGACGUGGACGUGGACGUGGACCUGGACGUGGACGUGGACCUGGACGUGGACGUGGACGUGGACGUGGACGUGGACGUGGACAUGGACGUGGACAUGAACGUGGACGUGGACAUGGACGUGGACGUGGACGUGGACGUGGACGUGGUCGUGGACUUGGACAUGGUCGUGGACGUGGUCGUGGACGUGGACAUGGUCGUGGACGUGGACGUGGACGUGGACGUGGACGUGGACGUGGACGUGGACAUGGACGUGGACGUGGACGUGGACGUGGACAUGGACCUGGAGGUGGACGUGGACAUGGACAUGGACGUGGACGUGGACGUGGAGGUGGACGUGGACGUGGACGUGAACGUGGACGUGGACGUGGACGUGAACGUGGACGUGGACGUGGACGUGGUCGUGGACGUGGACGUGGACGUGGACGUGAACGUGGACGUGGACAUGGACGUGGACGUGGACGAGAACGUGGACGUGGACGUGGACGUGGACGUGGUCGUGGACGUGGACGUGGUCGUGGACGUGGACGUGGACGUGGACGUGGACUUGGACGUGGACGUGGACGUGGACGUGGACUUGGACGUGGACGUGGACGUAGACGUGGACUUGGACAUGGACGUGGACGUGGACCUGGACGUGGACGUGGACGUGGACGUGGACGUGGACCUGGACGUGGACGUGGACGUGGACGUGGACGUGGACGUGGACGUGGACCUGGACGUGGACGUGGACGUGGACGUGGACGUGGACCUGGACGUGGACGUGGACGUGGACGUGGACGUGUACGUGGACGUGGUUGUGGAUGUGGACAUGGACGUGGACGUGGACGUGGACGUGGACCUGGACGUGGACGUGGACGUGGACGUAGACGUGGACGUGGACGUGGACGUGGACGUGGACGUGGUCGUGGAGGUGGACGUGGACGUGGACGUGGACGUGGACGUGGACGUGGACGUGGACCUGGACGUGGACGUGGACCUGGACGUGGACCUGGACGUGGACGUGGACCUGGACGUGGACUUGGACGUGGACGUGGACUUGGACGUGGACGUGGACGUGGACGUGGACCUCGACGUGGACGUGGACGUGGACAUGGUCGUGGAGGUGGUCGUGGACGUGGACGUGGUGGACGUGGACGUGGACGUGGACGUGGACACGUGGACGUGGAGACGUGGACGUGGACACGUGGACGUGGACGUGGACGUGGACGUGGACGUGGACGUGGACGUGGACGUGGUCGUGGACGUGGACGUGGACGUGGACGUGGUCGUGGACGUGGACGUGGACGUGGACGUGGACGUGGACGUGGACGUGGACGUGGACGUGGACGUGGACGUGGACGUGGACCUGGACGUGGACGUGGACGUGGACGUGGACGUGGACGUGGACGUGGACAUGGACGUGGACGUGGACGUGGACAUGGUCGUGGACGUGGACAUGGACGUGGACGUGGACGUGGACGUGGACGUGGACCUGGACGUGGACGUGGACGUGGACGUGGACGUGGACCUGGACGUGGACGUGGACGUGGACGUGGACGUGGACCUGGACGUGGACGUGGACGUGGACGUGGACGUGGUCGUGGAGGUGGACGUGGACGUGGACGUGGACGUGGACGUGGACCUGGACGUGGACCUGGACGUGGACGUGGACGUGGACUUGGACGUAGACGUGGACGUGGACGUGGACAUGGACGUGGACGUGGACGUGGACGUGGACGUCGACAUGGUCGUGGAGGUGGACGUGGACGUGGACGUGGACGUGGACGUGGACGUGGACGUGGACACACGUGGACGUGGACGUGGACAUGGACGUGGACGUGGACGUGGACGUGGACGUGGACAUGGUCGUGGAGGUGGACGUGGACGUGGACGUGGACGUGGACGUGGACACGUUGACGUGGACGUGGACGUGGACGUGGUCGUGGACGUGGACGUGGACGUGGACGUGGACGUGGACGUGGACGUGAACGUGGACGUGGACGUGGACGUGGACGUGGACGUGGACGUGGACGUCGACGUGGACGUGGACGUCGACAUGGACGUGGACGUGGACAUGGACGUGGACGAGGACGUGGACGUGGACCUGGACGUGGACGUGGACCUGGACGUGGACGUGGACGUGGACGUGGACGUGGACGUGGUUGUGGACGUGGACGUGGACGAGGACGUGGACGUGGUCGUGGACGUGGACGUGGAUGUGGACGUGGACCUGGACGUGGACGUGGACCUGGACGUGGACGUGGACAUGGACGUGGACGUGGACAUGGACAUGGACGUGGACGUGGACGUGGACAUGGACGUGGACAUGAACGUGGACGUGGACAUGGACGUGGACGUGGACGUGGACGUGGACGUGGACGUGGACGUGGACGUGGACAUGGACGUGGACGUGGACGUGGACGUGGACGUGGACAUGGUCGUGGACGUGGACAUGGACGUGGACGUGGACGUGGACGUGGACGUGGACCUGGACGUGGACGUGGACGUGGACGUGGACGUGGACCUGGACGUGGACGUGGACGUGGACGUGGACGUGGUCGUGGACGUGGACGUGGACGUGGACGUGGACGUGGACGUGGACGUGGACGUGGACGUGGACUUGGACGUAGACGUGGACGUGGACGUGGACAUGGACGUGGACGUGGACGUGGACGUGGACAUGGUCGUGGAGGUGGACGUGGACGUGGACGUGGACGUGGACGUGGACGUGGACGUGGACGACGUGGACGUGGACCUGGACGUGGACGUGGACCUCGACGUGGACGUGGACGUGGACGUGGACGUGGACGUGGUUGUGGACGUGGACGUGGACGAGGACGUGGACGUGGUCGUGGACGUGGACGUGGACGUGGACCUGGACGUGGACGUGGACCUGGACGUGGACGUGGACGUGGACGUGGACGUGGACAUGGACGUGGACAUGAACGUGGACGUGGACAUGGACGUGGACGUGGACGUGGACGUGGUCGUGGACUUGGACAUGGUCGUGGACGUGGUCGUGGACGUGGACAUGGUCGUGGACGUGGACGUGGACGUGGACGUGGACGUGGACAUGGACGUGGACGUGGACGUGGACGUGGACAUGGACCUGGAGGUGGACGUGGACAUGGACAUGGACGUGGACGUGGACGUGGAGGUGGACGUGGACGUGGACGUGAACGUGGACGUGGACGUGGACGUGAACGUGGACGUGGACGUGGACGUGGUCGUGGACGUGGACGUGGACAUGGACGUGAACGUGGACGUGGACAUGGACGUGGACGUGGACGAGAACGUGGACGUGGACGUGGACGUGGACGUGGUCGUGGACGUGGACGUGGUCGUGGACGUGGACGUGGACGUGGACGUGGACUUGGACGUGGACGUGGACGUGGACGUGGACUUGGACGUGGACGUGGACGUGGACGUGGACGUGGACCUGGACGUGGACGUGGACCUGGACGUGGACGUGGACGUGGACGUGGACGUGGACGUGGACCUGGACGUGGACGUGGACGUGGACGUAGACGUGGACGUGGACCUGGACGUGGACGUGGACGUGGACGUGGUCGUGGAGGUGGACGUGGACGUGGACGUGGACGUGGACGUGGACGUGGACGUGGACGUGGACCUGGACGUGGACGUGGACCUGGACGUGGACCUGGACGUGGACGUGGCCCUGGACGUGGACUUGGACGUGGACGUGGACUUGGACGUGGACGUGGACGUGGACGUGGACCUGGACGUGGACGUGGACGUGGACGUGGACAUGGUCGUGGAGGUGGUCGUGGACGUGGACCUGGACGUGGACGUGGACGUGGACGUGGACCUGGACGUGGACGUGGACGUGGACGUGGACGUGGUCGUGGAGGUGGACGUGGACGUGGACGUGGACGUGGACCUGGACGUGGACCUGGACGUGGACGUGGACGUGGACUUGGACGUAGACGUGGACGUGGACGUGGACAUGGACGUGGACGUGGACGUGGACGUGGACGUGGACAUGGUCGACGUGGACGUGGACCUGGACGUGGACGUGGACCUGGACGUGGACGUGGACGUGGACGUGGACGUGGACGUGGUUGUGGACGUGGACGUGGACGAGGACGUGGACGUGGUCGUGGACGUGGACGUGGACGUGGACCUGGAGCUGGACGUGGACGUGGACGUGGACGUGGACUUGGACGUUGACGUGGACGUGGACGUGGACGUGGGCGUGAACGUGGAAGUGGACGUGGACGUGGACGUGGGCGUGAACGUGGAAGUGGACGUGGACAUGGUCGUGGACGUGGACCUGGUCGUGAACGUGGACGUGGACGUGGACGUGGACAUGGUCGUGGACGUGGACGUGGAGGUGGACAUGGUCGUGGACGUGGAGAUGGACGUGGACUUGGACGUGGACUUGGACGUGGACGUGGACGUGGACCUGGUCGUGGACGUGGACGUGGACCUGGUCGUGGACGAGGACGUGGACGUGGACGUGGACGUGGACGUGGACGUGGUCGUGGACGAAGACGUGGACGUGGACGUGGUCGUGGACGAAGACGUGGACCUGGACGAAGACGUGGACGUGGACGUGGACGUGGACGUGGACGUGGACGUGGACGUGGUCGUGGACGUGGACGUGGACGUGGACGUGGACGUGGAUAUGAACGUGGACGUGGACGUGGACGUGGACGUGGACGUGGACGUAGACGUGGACAUGGUCGUGGACGUGGACGUGGACGUGGACGUGGACGUGGACAUGGACGUGGACGUGGACAUGGUCGUGGACGUGGACGUGGACGUGGACGUGGACGUGGACGUGGACAUGGACGUGGACAUGGACGUGGACGUGGACGUGGACGUGGUCGUGGACGUGGACGUGGACGUGGUCGUGGACGUGGUCGUGGACGUGGACGUGGACGUGGACGUGGACGUGGACGUGGACGUGGACGUGGACAUGGACAUGGACGUGGACAUGGACGUGGACGUGGACGUGGACGUGGACGUGGACGUGGUCGUGGACGUGGACGUGCACGUGGACAUGGACGUGGACGUGGACGUGGACGUGGACGUGGAGGUGGACGUGGACGUGGACAUAGACGUGGUCGUGGACGUGGACGUGGACGUGGUCGUGGACGUGGACGUGGACGUGGACAUGGACGUGGACGUGGACGUGGUCGUGGUCGUGGACGUGGACGUGGACGUGGACGUGGACGUGGACGUGGACAUGGACGUGGACGUGGACAUGGACGUACACGUGGACAUGGACGUACACGUGGACGUGGACGUGGAGAUGGACGUGGACGUGGACGUGGACGUGGAGAUGGACGUGGACGUGGUCGUGGACGUGGACGUGGACGUGGACGUGGACGUGGAGGUGGACGUGGACGUGGACAUAGACGUGGUCGUGGACGUGGACGUGGAUGUGGACGUGGUCGUGGACGUGGACGUGGACGCGUGGACGUGGAUACGUGGUCGUGGACGUGGACGUGGAUGUGGACGUGGUCGUGGACGUGGACGUGGACGCGUGGACGUGGAUGUGGACGUGGACGUGGACGUGGACAUAGACGUGGACGUGGACGCGUGGACGUGGUCAUGGACGUGGACGUGGACGUGGACAUGGACGUUGACGUGGACGUGGACGUGGACGUGGACGUGGAUCGUGGACGUGGACGUGGACGUGGACGUGAACGUGGACGUGGACGUGGACGUGGACGUGGACGUGGACGUGAACGUGGACGUGGACGUGGACGUGGACGUGGACGUGGACGUGGACGUGGACGUGGUCGUGGACGUGGACGUGGUCGUGGACGUGGACGUGGACGUGGACAUGGACGUGGACGUGGACGUGGACGUGGACGUGGACGUGGUCGUGGACGUGGACGUGGACGUGGACGUGGACAUGGACGUGGACGUGGACGUGGACGUGGACGUGGACGUGGACGUGGACGUGGACGUGGACUUGGACGUGGACGUGGACGUGGACGUGGACGUGGACGUGGUCGUGGUCGUGGACGUGGACUUGGACGUAGACGUGGACGUGGACGUGGACGUGGACGUGGUCGUGGUCGUGGACGUGGACGUGAACGUGGACGUGGACGUGGACGUGGACGUGGGCGUGGACGUGGACGUGGACGUGGACGUGGUCGUGGACUUGGACGUGGACGUGGUCGUGGGCGUGGACGUGGACGUGGACGUGGUCGUGGACGUGGACGUGGACGUGGACGUGGACGUGGACGUACACGUGGACGUGGACGUGGACGUGGACGUACACGUGGACGUGAACGUGGACAUGGACGUACACGUGGACGUGGACGUGGACGUGGACGAGGACGUGGACGUGGACGUGGACGUGGAGGACGUGGACGUGGACCUGGACGUGGAGGACGUGGACGUGGACCGGGACGUGGAGGACGUGGACGUGGACAUGGACGUGGACUUGGACGUGGACGUGGACAUGGACGUGGACGUGGACGUGGACGUGGACGUGGACGUGGACUUGGACGUGGACGUGGACGUGGACGUGGAAUUGGACGUGGACGUGGACGUGGACGUGGACGUGGACGUGGAGGUGGACGUAGACGUGGACAUGGAGGUGGACAUGGUCGUGGAGGUGGAGGUGGACGUGGACGUGGACAUGGUCGUGGACGUGGACGUGGACGUGGACGUGGACGUGGACGUGGUCCUGGACGUGGACGUGGACGUGGACGUGGACUUGGACGUUGACGUGGACGUGGACGUGGACGUGGGCGUGAACGUGGAAGUGGACGUGGACGUGGACGUGGGCGUGAACGUGGAAGUGGACGUGGACAUGGUCGUGGACGUGGACCUGGUCGUGAACGUGGACGUGGACGUGGACGUGGACAUGGUCGUGGACGUGGACGUGGAGGUGGACAUGGUCGUGGACGUGGAGAUGGACGUGGACUUGGACGUGGACUUGGACGUGGACGUGGACGUGGACGUGGACGUGGACCUGGUCGUGGACGAGGACGUGGACGUGGACGUGGACGUGGACGUGGACGUGGUCGUGGACGAAGACGUGGACGUGGACGUGGUCGUGGACGAAGACGUGGACCUGGACGAAGACGUGGACCUGGACGUGGACGUGGACGUGGACGUGGACGUGGACGUGGUCGUGGACGUGGACGUGGACGUGGACGUGGAUAUGAACGUGGACGUGGACGUGGAUGUGGACGUGGACGUGGACGUAGACGUGGACAUGGUCGUGGACGUGGACGUGGACGUGGACGUGGACGUGGACAUGGACGUGGACGUGGACAUGGUCGUGGACGUGGACGUGGACGUGGACGUGGACGUGGACGUGGACAUGGACGUGGACAUGGACGUGGACGUGGACGUGGACGUGGUCGUGGACGUGGACGUGGACGUGGUCGUGGACGUGGUCGUGGACGUGGACGUGGACGUGGACGUGGACGUGGACGUGGACGUGGACGUGGACUUGGACGUGGACGUGGACGUGAACGUGGACGUGGACGUGGACGUGGACGGACGUGGACGCGGACAUGGACGUGGACGCGGACGCGGACGUGGACGCGGACGCGGACGUGCGGACGUGGACGUGGACGUGGUCGUGGACGCGGUCGUGGACGUGGACGUGGACGUGGACGUGGUCGUGGACGUGGACGUGGACGUGGACGUGGACGUGGUCGUGGACGUGGACGUGGACGUGGACGUGGACGUGGUCGUGGACGUGGUCGUGGACGUGGACGUGGACCUGGACGUGGACGUGGACGUGGACGUGGACGUACACGUGGACGUGGACGUGGACCUGGACGUACACGUGGACGUGGACGUGGACGUGGUCGUGGACGUGGUCGUGGACGUGGACGUGGACGUGGACGUGGACAUGGACGUGGACGUGGACGUGGACGUGGACCUGGACGUACACGUGGACGUGGACGUGGACAUGGACGUGGACGUGGUUGUGGACGUGGACGUGGAGGACGUGGACGUGGACGUGGACGUGGAGGACGUGGACGUGGACAUGGACGUGGACGUGGACGUGGACGUGGACGUGGACAUGGACGUGGACGUGGACGUGGACGUGGACGUGGACAUGGACGUGGACGCGUGGACGUGGACGUGGACGUGGACGUAG